CAGGCGUCCUAGGCUCUGAACGCCGAAGAGGACGCCCCGGGGUCCGCACUGCAGAACGCGGAGGAGGGUUGAAGGGCGGGACCUCACGACCCAGAGAGUGCGCGCCUGCGACCACAGUUCCCACGGUCGCCGAUCGCCGCUGCUGAGCCGCCAGGCUAUAACCCCUCUUCCCAGUAGAGGCCGCUGACUGAAGCGGAGCUGGGGGUCGAGCUGGGGACCUCGGAGACCCCCCGCGGGGCUUCUCUGAAGCCUUCCUAGCUGGCUGAAUCCCAUCAACUUAGGGGGAGGAAAACAGCUCCCAGCGCCCUUGCCCUUCCCACUUUGCGACGACUGUGAGACCCUUGCCCUCUAACGUGAAAUUCCUGCCAGGGUGGCUGCCAUGUCAGCCUUGCUGGACAUCAAGAGCAGUGUGCUCAGGCAGGUGCAGGUGUGCCCAUCCUUCCGCUGGAAAACCGAGCAGGAACCUGAGAGCACAGACACACAGGAGCCCCCCACAGGGGCCUGGAAACCUGGGGAUGGUGUGGAGUUUUUCGCCCACAUGCGCCUCAUCCUGAAAAAGGGGGAUGGCAGACAGGGCCUUCCAUGCCCCGAGGUUCUUUUGCGCAGUGGUUCCCCCGCCCCUGCUGAGCCUGUGGACCCCAACCGUGACCUGAGAGCCCUGACCCAGGAGGAGGUGGAGAUGCUCUACGAGGAGGCCUUAUACACAGUCCUGCACCGGGCAGGCACCAUGGGCCCCGACCAGGUAGAUGACGAGGAGGUCUUGCUAGGCUACCUUCAGCAGGUGUUUGGCACCAGUUCUGAAGAACACAUGGAGGCCAUCGCACGUGUGAAAAAAGCCAAGGCUCCCACAUAUGCCCUGAAAGUCUCUGUCAUGCGUGCCAAGAACCUUCUGGCUAAAGACCCCAAUGGCUUCAGUGAUCCAUACUGCAUGCUGGGCAUCCUGCCAGCCUCAAGUGCCCCACAGGAGUCGAGUGGGCAGAAGGAGCAGCGCUUUGGCUUCCGCAAGGGCAGCAAGCGUAGCAGCCCACUACCUGCCAAGUGUAUCCAGGUCACUGAGGUCAAGAACAGCACCCUGAAUCCUGUCUGGAAGGAGCACUUCCUAUUUGAAAUUGAGGAUGUCAACACAGACCAGCUGCAUCUGGACAUCUGGGACCACGAUGAUGACGUAUCCCUGGCAGAAGCAUGCAGGAAACUGAAUGAAGUUAUUGGCCUGAAGGGCAUGAGCAGAUACUUCAAACAGAUUGUCAAGUCGGCCCGUGCAAAUGGGACAGCAGGGCCCACUGAGGACCACACCGAUGACUUCCUAGGAUGCCUCAACAUCCCUAUCAGGGAGGUGCCCGUGGCAGGUGCUGACCGCUGGUUUAAGCUGGAACCCCGCUCUAGUGCCUCCCGUGUGCAAGGAGACUGCCACCUGGUCCUCAAGCUGAUCACCACCCAGAGGGACACUGCUAUGAGCCAGCGUGGACGCUCCGGCUUCCUGUCCUACCUGAUGCUCCUCAGCCGUGUGCUGCGGUUUGAGCACCGAGUGGAGGAGCCCAACUCCAGCAGCUGGCGUGGCGAACUUAGUGGGCCUGGGACCACAGUCCUUUGUCUGCAUGGAGCCCAAAGUAAUCUGUCACCCUUGCAGCUGGCAGUGCUGCACUGGCAAGUCAGUAGCCGCCACCAUCAGUCACGCACCCUGGACUACCGCUACCUGCUGGGGUUGCUGGAAGAUGUGCAGGCACACUGGGAAGAGGCGGCUUCCCUACCCCAGGAGCAGGAGGAGAGCCUAGCCGACAGCUUCUCUGCCUUCUCGGAGUUCGGGCUGAAGCUGCUGCGCCAGCUCCGAGAUUACUUCCCUGCCACCAACAGCACUGCUGUGUAUCGCUUGGGGCUGCUGCUGAAGUGCCUCGAGAAGAUCCAGCUCUUCCAGCCAGUCUUCGCCGUCUGUCCCUUUGAGACGGAGCUCAACGUGGACAUAGUCGCAGCCCUGAAGCGGGGCAACCGGGAGUGGUACGACCAGCUCCUGAACACCAAGAGUCCUCGUGAGCAGCCUGGGCCACAGCGCCUAGCAGGGCUUGUUGAGCUUGCAGACAUCAUCUACGAGGACUUGCAGGCCUGCUUUGGGGUCUACGCCAGUCUCUUCUACGGUAUCCUUAAGGUGGACUUCUUCACCCUUACCUUCCGGCAGCUGGAACGUCUGGUGGCUGAGGAGGCAUGGGUACUGACAGAGGAGCUGAGCCCCAAGAUGAACCUAGAGGUGGCCUCAGGGCUCUUUGAGCUCUACCUGACCCUGGCAGAUACCCAGCGCUUCUGGAGCUGCAUCCCUGGACGGGAAAGCCGCUCGCUAGCCCUGGCUGGCAUCCACACCCCGUUUCUGCCAGCCGUGAAGCUCUGGCUGCAUGUGCUGAGGGACCAGGCCAAGUGGCGCCUGCAGGGAGCUGUGGAUGUCGACACGCUGGAGCCUGUGGAUGCUUCCUCCAAACACAGCAGCUCCGCAGCCACCACCAGCCUCUGCCUCACUCACAUCCAGGAACUCUGGGUUCGUCUGGCCUGGCCUGACCCUGCCCAGGCCCAGGGACUAGGCACUCAGCUCAGCCAGGACAUGUGUGAGACUUCCCUCUUCUACACGGCACUGCUGAGGAAGAAGGUGGACACCCAGCCCGGGGCCGCUGGUGAGGCAGUGAGUGAGCAGCUCUGUGUGGUGCUCAACAAUGUGGAGUUGGUACGCAGAGCUGCAGGACAGGCACUGAGAGGCCUGACGUGGCCUGAGGGGGCCAGCGGGCUGGAGGGAGGGCUCCCCCGCCCUCUGCUCAGCUGCAUGCAGGCCCUGGAUGAAGACCUCCAGCGGGAGGCCCACACCGUGACAGCACAUCUGACUUCCAAGAUGGUGGCAGACAUCAGGAAGUAUGUACAGCACAUCAGUCUGUCCCCUGACUCCAUUCAGAAUGAUGAGGCUGUAGCCCCGCUCCUGAAGUACCUGGAUGAGAAGCUGGCCUUGCUGAAUGACUCGCUGGUGAAGGAGAACCUGAGCAGAGUGCUGGAGGCCCUCUGGGAGCUGCUUCUGCAGGCCAUUCUGCAGGCACUGAGUGCAAACAGAGACGUCUCUGCUGACUUCUAUGGACGCUUCCACUUCACACUUGAGGCUCUGGUCAGUUUCUUCCAUGCUGAGGGCCAGGGGCUGCCCCUGGAGAACCUGAGGGAUGGGAGCUACAAGAGGCUGGAGGAAGAGCUGCGGCUGCACAAAUGCUCCACCCGAGAGUGCAUCGAGCAGUUUUACCUGGACAAGCUCAAACAGAGGUCUCUGGAGCAGAACCGGUUUGGGCGCCUGACUGUCCGGUGCCAUUAUGAAGCGGCUGAGCAGCGGCUGGCUGUGGAGGUGCUGCACGCAGCCGAUCUCCUGCCCUUGGAUGCCAAUGGCCUGAGUGACCCCUUUGUGAUCGUGGAGCUUGGCCCACCGCACCUCUUCCCACUGGUCCGCAGCCAGAGGACCCAAGUCAAAGCCCGGACAUUGCACCCGGUGUAUGACGAGCUCUUCCACUUCUCUGUGCCUGCAGAAGCAUGCCGCCGCCGCGGGGCCUGUGUGCUAUUCACGGUUAUGGACCACGACUGGCUGUCCACCAAUGACUUUGCUGGGGAGGCGGCCCUUGGCCUAGGUGGUGUCAGUGGCAUUGCAAGGCCACACGUGGGAGGGGGCAUGAGACCUGGGCAGCCCAUCACAUUACACCUGCGCAGGCCCAGAGCUGAGGUGAGGUCCGUACUGCGGAUGCUGGAAGGCCGCUCCAACAAAGAGGCCCAGGAGUUUGUCAAGAAACUCAAGGAGCUGGAGAAGUGUAUGGAGGCUGACCUCUAAGCCCCAAUGGUCACAGCCUGGCCCUCCGCCGUUCCCUGUGGGGUCCCUCCCUCACCAUGUGACCUGCCUGCUGUGGUUGUACCCUGUGGCUUCUAUCUGGCUGUGUCUCUUGGUGUGUGCUGUGAACCCUUUGUGCCCCAGCAUGCCCCACCUUGAAUAUGGGCAGUCAACUCGGAGGGACCUGGCCAGCAUCUGCCCAUGGACACAGAGCAGGAUGGGUGGAUGGGCUCUCCUCCCUGGAGCAAGGGUCAUGUGCUCUCUGCGGACUCUGCCCCCUAGAGGCCAUUAGGUGGUAUCUGGAGACAUUUGUGGUCACAACCAGGGAGUGGAGAGUACUGGUGCCAGGGGCGGAGGCCAAUGUUGUUCACACCCUUGUAACCAUCAGUCAGCCUGAUGAGAAAUGAUCUGUGCCUCAUGAGGGCAGUGCCACCGGGGAAGCCUCACUGGGGAAGCCCUGCCCUGCACCCCCAGGAUAGGUCUCCAUUGGCAGAGGCAAGGUCAGGGAACAAGUGGGAGGUUAGCAUCUGCCAGGGCCCCAGGCAAAGGGUGAGGGUCAGGGUUUCUCCCACCUGCAGCUUCUCUCUCCUGAUCUAGAUGCUCUACCCACAGCAGGUGAGCAAGGGGCCAGUUGAAGGUUACUUGCGUUCUGGUCCCCACCUGGCUCUGGGCCCAGGAGAGUUUCUCCCAUAGCCACCAUGAGGAAAGGGGCAUUGCCCACGGGUAGAGAUCAAGGUGAAGGGCUCUUGGCCAGCUGGUCAGAUAUCCUUUUAGACAUCUGUAUGUGACCAUACCAGACUUACCCCAUUGCCCAGAUCCACCCAGGCAGAUGUCCCCAACCCUUAGCCAAGUAUAAAGCAACAGAACUCAUAUUGGGAGGCUCCUUCUUGGCUUUAUCAAGAGCUCUAAGGUAGGACUCCAAACAAGGCUGUCACAGAAUUGUCCCAACAGGCCUGUCCACCCCCAAAUCCCACCGCCAUAUCUGGACUAACGCACACCAGCUUCAAUAAUGUGUUUGCAACCUUCA